AUGUAUCUCCAAGAACCCUAUCUUUUACUGACAGUUCAACCAGUUACAUCAGCUAAUGGGUAUUUAUUGGAAAAAUUCUUACUUAUCCUUCAAGAAAAAGAAAAUCAGUUUGGUCAAAGAGUAGAAAAAAAAUUAAUUAUACCACCAAAUGUUGUAGUAAAAGCUUCUAAAUCUGGAAAAAGUGGCGGUGAAAAACAUCACGCUUUUCUAACUGAAGUUUUACGUCCUUUGGUAGGUAAAAAAUUUCUUCUUUUCCUUGAUUGUUGGAAAACGCAAGCUGAUCUAACUAAAUUUAGAGCAGUGUCUCCUAAUCAAAACAGUCAGUUAUUAAUUUUUCCCGAAGGAUCAACAGGCUAUAUUCAACCACAAGAUCUUUCUUUAUUUCGUUCAUGGCGAUUUAUUCAUAAAAAAAUCGAGCAUUAUAUUCAUAUCAAUCGAACAGAAAUGACUAUAAGCAAUCGUCAAUAUUUCAUCAACGUUCAUUCUAUUAUUCAUAAUCAAUUAUCAGCUCCAGCAUUUACAAAUCUUAUUAAAAAUGGAUUCGUACAAGCUGGAAUAACAAAUGAAACAAUUGGACAGAUUGAAAAACCAAAAGAUGUUUGCUUCAGAUUUUAUGAUCUAUUCUGUUCAGUUAACAACUGCAAUGAGCGAACAUUAUUAAUGUGCGUUUGGUGUAAAAAAUCCCUUUGUUACUACCAUCUGGUUGAAGAUUUACAUCUACACUUCUAG